AUGUCGAAUUUCAAUGAAACCAAAUUAUGUCAAUUAUUUUCGACAUUCGGUACUAUUACUAGUUGUAAAAUACAAACUGAUAGCAAUGGCGAAUCGAAAGGAUUCGGCUAUGUUAAUUUCGAAAGACCGGAAAUGGCACGAGAGGCUAUGGAACAUUUAAAUGGCCACCCAUUAGAGCAAAAUAAACAUUUGUAUGUUGGAUUUUUUCAGAGAAAAUCCGAAAGACAAAAGGAACUUCGCCGUGCACAGGAGGAGAUCUGGGGGAGACGUUCGCAUCAAUUGUGUUUAUAUGUCAGCAAUUUGGACACGAUGAUUGAUGAGAAACAACUCGAAAAUAUUUUUAGCAAAUUCGGUACAAUUACAAAAACGCAUAUUUUAAGAAAAAGAACUCAAUCGAAAGGCGUGGGCUUUGUUUGUUUCGAUUCGGCUGAAGACGCGACAAGAGCUAUGGAUGAAAUGAAUGGUCAAUGGAUUGGUUCCAAACCAAUCUAUGUCAAAUUUAGUAAUGGUGACAGUGAACCACAGAUGGAUACGUCGACAGAUUCAUCAAAACAAUUUUAUACAUCACCUCAGCCAAUAGUACCUCUAAUCUCACCAUGUCCUAACUAUCCGACCGUUAUCUAUGUACCAACAGUUUUAGUUCCAACACCGUUCAACACAUUUCCUCUACUGACGACUCAGGCAUCCUUGCCGAUACAACCAAGUCCAUCCCCAGCGACAAUCGUACCCGCAAGUACAAAAGAUCGCGUUACUGCAGUUGCUCAAGCAAAACGUUCGGUAUAUCCGUAUGUCUCUGUCAGAUCCGACGAUUAG